AUGGAGCAGCAGGAUGCACAAGCCCUGUCAUUACCGUCUGCCACAAGAGAGGCAGAAAUGGAUGUGACCUUCAGGCCACCGGACAUAUAUCAUUACGAUGAACAUCUUCGAAUGGUGAAACCCCCUGGAACAAUGUCCAAUGAAAUCUGCAGUUAUUGGAACUUCCAUUAUAAUACCUUUGAUGGAGAUAUCUUCUACUUUCCUGGAACCUGUAAUUAUAUUUUAUCCUCUGAUUGCAAGAGCACCUAUGAAGACUUCAUUAUUCAGAUUCAAAACACCUUGGAGAAUGGAACUAUUUACACAAAAAUUAUUAUGAAAAUUGAUAUGUUGAUUGUGGUACUACUGAACAACACUGUUUUGGUCAACGGCGAGUUAACGGAGCUACCACAUAGCUCAUCAGGAGUAAUGAUUAAUAAAAUUGGUGUUUACACAAAAGUUACCUCCAAAAUUGGCUUGGAAUUCAAUAUGAAUGAUGAUGGCAGCCUCAUGCUCCGACUUGAUCCAAAAUAUUCUAAUGAGACUUGUGGACUUUGUGGUGACUAUAAUGGGAUGUCUAAGAUCAAUGAAUUUACAAGCAGUUCUGGAAUUGAAAUCAGUGAAACUGAAUUUGGCAACCUCCAAAAAGUGAAUGUCCCAAAUGAAAAAUGUGAAGAUGUAGUUGAUCCCAAUUGGGAGAGCUGUAAUGAAACUGGUGAAAUAUGUGCAAAUAUUCUAAAUGGCCCAAGUUUUGUAGAUUGUCUACUUGUCCUUCCUAUUGAUGAUUAUGUAUAUUCAUGCAUGGAAGAUUUAUGUACCUGUAAAGAAGACAUGUCAUCUGACUGCAUUUGUUCCACAAUUGCUGAGUAUUCCCGUCAAUGUAUUCGUAAUGGUGGGACACCCGGAAACUGGAGAACUCAGGAACUUUGUCCUAAAACUUGUCCUCUCAACUUGGAAUACAAUGAGUGUGGGCCUUCUUGUAGAGACAGCUGUUCAAACCCAGAACGGGGUUCUAUCUGUGAAAAUCGGUGUGUGGAAGGUUGCUUCUGCCCCUCAGGAAUGGUGCUUGAUGAUAUUGAAUACCUAGGUUGCAUUAACCUUACUGAAUGUGCCUGCACAUACAAUGGAAAUGUUUUUCUCCCAGGAGCAAAUUACUCUACUUCUUGCAGUUCCUGCACAUGUUCUGGUGGAAAGUGGAAUUGCAAAGAUACACCAUGUUCUUCAACUUGUUCCAUUGAAGGAGGGUCCCAUGUUACAACUUUUGAUGUUACACAUUUCACUGUAUAUGGAGAUUGCACGUAUGUGCUUUCCAAGGUAUGUGAUGAUGAAAAUUUUAUUGUCCUGGGAGAACUAAGGCCUUGUGGGAGAAAAGACACUGAGACCUGUCUGAUGGAAGUUAUCAUUAUUUUGAACAGUGGCCAAACUACUAUUGAAGUAAGAUCUACCGGCGAAGUGUAUGUUAAUUUUUUGUAUACUAUCCUGCCAAUUUCUUCAGGGCCCUUCACCAUGUUACAACCUUCACCCUUCUACAUUGUCUUUGAUUAUGUUGAUGGUAUGCAAGCAAUAAUCCAGCUUGUACCUGUAAUGCAACUCUACGUGGUUUUGGACCCUAAAUAUAAAACUAAAACUUGUGGAAUCUGUGGAAACUUCAAUGACAUACAGGGAGACGAUUUCCUAACCAUUAGUGGGGUGAUUGAAGGUUCUGCAGCAGCAUUUGUUAACACCUGGAAAACAGACGCUAACUGCCCAAGCGUGAAGACAGUAUUGGAAGACCCAUGUGCCCUUAGCUUGGAAAAUGAGGAUUACGCAAAACACUGGUGUAGUCUUCUUACUGACUCUGAAAGUGUCUUCAGUCAGUGUCACUACGUAGUGAACCCAAAUGUUUUCUACAAGAAUUGCUUGAGUGACACUUGUUCCUGUGAGAAUAGUGAAGAGUGUAUGUGUGCUGCUUUGUUCUCCUACGUCCGAGCCUGUGCUGCCAAAGAUGUGAUACUGACAGACUGGAACAGCUUAGUUUGCACCAACUACAGGUCAGUUUGCUCCAAUAACCAGGUGUUCAGCUACACUAUCAGCUCCUGUCUACCAACCUGCGGCAGUCUUAGCCUCUCAGACUCUAUGUGCGAGAUAUAUUUUGAUCCCCUGAUGGGAUGCAGUUGUGGCAAAGGAUUAUACCUGGAUGAUGAUGGCAAAUGUGUACCUCCAUCUCUUUGCCCAUGUUACUACCGAGGAUCUCCUAUACAAUCAGGAACCACUAUUAAUGAAGGAGGAGUAAUAUGCACCUGUACACAAGGAAAACUAAACUGCACUGGAAAUGAAAUUUCAGACUGUGUGGAUCCAAUGGUUUAUAUUAGUUGCAAAAAUGCUACACCAGGCACUCCAGGAGCAGAGUGUUUUAAAAGCUGUGAGACUCUGGACAUGCACUGUUAUAGCAAAAGGUGCAUUCCGGGUUGUGUCUGCCCUAAUGGGCUUGUGUUUGAUGGCAAAGGUGGCUGCAUCAGGGAUACAGACUGUCCAUGUAUCCACAACGAGGCAAUGUAUGCCCCAGGGGAUGAGAUAAAAAUUAGAUGCAACACCUGUGUUUGCAAGGACAGGAUGUGGAACUGUACAGAGAAUGUUUGUCUGGCGACUUGCAAAGUGUAUGGAGAUGGGCAUUAUAGUACUUUUGAUGGACAGAUCUAUAGUUUUGGAGGAGAAUGUGAAUAUACUCUGGCGAAGGAUCACUGUUCUUCAAAUGACACUGGCAGCACCUUUAGAGUUAUCACUGAGAAUAUUCCAUGUGGCACUACAGGAACUACAUGCUCUAAAUCCAUCAAAAUCUUCCUAAAUGGUUAUGAACUUGUUCUUCUCGAUGAUCAUCUGAAUGUGAUACAAAGAGGUAACGAUACUAAAGUCCCAUACAGAGUGCGUUUAAUGGGCAUUUAUAUGGUUAUUGAGACUAACCAAGGCUUGCUGCUUGUGUGGGAUAAGAGGACAACCAUCUAUAUUAAAGUCACUAAUAUCUUCCAGGGAAUGCUUUGUGGGCUGUGUGGCAACUACGAUGGCAACAGAAACAAUGAUUUUACCACCAGAACCAAUGCUGUUGUUGGGAAUGUCGAAGAAUUUGCAAACAGCUGGAAGUUGUCUCUGGCAUGUCCAGAUGCAAAACUCAACAAGGAUCCCUGUGCCUUGAAUCCAUACAGAAUGGCUUGGGCUCAAAAGCAGUGCAGUAUUAUCUACAGUGGGGUUUUCGCUGCGUGUCAUCCACAUGUUGACCCAUCCCCAUACUAUGAUGCUUGUGUUUCUGACACAUGUGCUUGUAAUACCGGAGGGGACUGUGAGUGUUUUUGCACUGCUGUUGCUGCCUACUCCCAGGCAUGUGGAGAAUUCUUUAUAUGUAUUUAUUGGAGGACCCCAACAAUUUGCCCUAUGUUCUGUGAUUACUAUAACAAGGAAAAAAGGUGUGAAUGGCAUUAUAGGUCGUGCGGAGCACCUUGCUUAAAGACCUGUAGAAAUCCAAGCGGAAAAUGUUCCUAUGAGUUGGGUGGCCUUGAAGGAUGUUACCCUAAAUGCCCAAAAGACGCACCGUACUUUGAUGAAGAUGACAUGGAAUGCGUAUCAAAAUGUGGCUGCUUAGAUGAGGACAGAGUAUAUUAUAAGUUGGGAUCCCAGAUGCCCUCCAAUGAGACUUGCUUUACCUGUUACUGCACCGAGAAUGGCCCUAUGUGUUCGCCUAAUGCUAAAGCCUGUGUUUGUAUAUAUGAAGGCCGAAUGUACAACUACAAUCAAACCAUAUACAGCACUACAGAUGGAAUGGGAGGAUGUAUUACUGCGAUAUGCAAGGAAAAUGGAACCAUCCAUCGAGAUGUCUCUCCAUGCCUAUCCACCCUCACGCCACCAUUUACCUUUUCAACUGUACCCACUACAGCAAGAACAAAAGUCACUAAAAUGACAACAACAUUAUGCGUUUUUGAGCAAUGUGAAUGGUCCCAGUGGUUUGAUGUCAGUAAUCCAGCAACACAGAAUGGGGAUGAUGAUGAAACAUACCAAAACAUACAAAAUAAUGGAUAUAAUAUUUGUGAAAAUCCAAAAGACAUUCAUUGCGAAGCAGAUAAUUCAUCUACUGUACCAUUUGGAUUAAAGAACAAUAUAAUAUGUAAUGUAUCCAUCGGGUUGUUCUGCAAUAAUUCUAAUCAGCCACCAGAUGUCACUUGUCUCAACUACCAGAUUCAAGUUUUAUGCUGUAGCUUUGUGCCAUGUGAAUUGCUAACAUCUACAGAGAGUCCUUCAACUACAUCAUAUCUGACCUCCACAAAAGUAAAGACAACAACACAAACAAGUGCAACAAGUCAUACUACUACUACACACACAAGUAAGAAAUCCACUCAGCUUUCAACUGUGCAUACCAGUACAACUAGUAUAUCUCCCACAGCAUCAACGUUAACUUCAAAAUCAACCAGCCACACAACAAAACUGGCUUCCACAGUUCCUAGUACAAAAAUAGAAACAACAAAAAAAACAAGUGCAAGAACACCCAUAUCAGGAACGGAAAGGCUGCCAUACUCAUCAGUAUCAUAUUCAACAUCUGUCUUCUGUUCACCAGGUUGUUACUGGUCACCGUGGUUUAAUCUCAACAGCCCAUCCCCUGGAAUAAGUGAUGGUGACUUUGAGAAUCUCAAAGCUAUACAGUCAGUCGCACAAAUCUGUACAAACCCCGAUGACAUUGAGUGUAGGGCAGUAAUGUUUCCUAACACGUCAUUGAAUGAGCUGGGGCAAAAGGUAAUCUGUGAUGUAUCAGAUGGAUUGGUGUGCCUCAACAAGGACCAGACUCCGCCAAUGUGUUAUGAUUAUGAGAUUAGCUUCCACUGCUGUGAUGACUAUAGCAAGUGCAUCACAACACCACAACUUCCCACAGAAACAACACAUAAAACAACAUCAUUGUCUCCACAUGUCACCACUACUACACUAACAAAGAAAUCCACCAUACUUUCAUCUCUAUCAACUCACCGUACAAGUAUAUCUCCCACAGCAUCGAGGCUGACUUCAAAAUCAACCAGCCACACAACUAAAAGUAUAGGUACUUCCCCAGAACUAACACAUGUAACAAAAAAGGUAUCAACUGCACCUACUGUAAUCAGUACAACAAAAUUGGCUUCCACAGUUCAUAGUACAAAAAUAGAGACAACAAAAAAAACAAGUGCAAGAACACCCAUAUCAGGAACUGAAAGGCAGCCAUACUCAUCAGUAUCAUAUUCAACAUCUGUCUUCUGUUCACCAGGAUGUUACUGGUCACCAUGGUUUAAUCUCAACAGCCCAUCCCCUGGAAUAAGUGAUGGUGACUUUGAGAAUCUCAAAGCUAUACAGUCAGUUGCACAAAUCUGUACACACCCCAAUAACAUUGAGUGUAGGGCAGUAAUGUUCCCUAAUAUAUCAUUGAAUGAACUGGGGCAAAAUGUAAUCUGUGAUGUAUCAGAUGGAUUGCAGUGCCUCAACAUGGACCAGACUUCGCAAAUGUGUUAUGAUUAUGAGAUUCGCUUCCACUGCUGUGAUGACUAUAGCAAGUGCAUCACAACACCACAACUUCCCACAGAAACAACACAUAAAACAACAUCAUUGUCUCCACAUGUCACCACUACUACACUAACAAAGAAAUCCACCAUACUUUCAUCUCUAUCAACUCACCGUACAAGCAUAUCUCCCACAGCAUCGAGGCUGACUUCAAAAUCAACCAGCCACACAACUAAAAGUAUAGGUACUUCCCCUAUACUAACAUCCACAACAAAAAAGAUAUCAACAACAAAAACAGUUGUUUCUCCUGUGGUAACCAGAACAAAAGUUUCCACACCAUUGAUUUCAACACAUUGCUAUUGUCUUGUAAAUGGAACCACAUACUCACCAGAUGAUAUUAUUUAUAAUCAGACAGAUGCAUCUGGCUGCUAUUACUAUGGCUACUGCAAUAGAAAUUGUACCAUUGAAAGAAGUCGUGGACCUUGUUUAUCAAGUACUCCUGCAACAUCUGUUCAUACAACUAUAACCCGAGCAACAACUAGCACUAAACACUCUACGCUGACUCCUGCAAAAACAUCUAUGCAUACCACUUCUGUGACAGCUGUUCAUACAACUUCAACACCAACAACUGUGAAGCCUGUCAAGACGUCCACACAUAUCCCAUCUGUGACAUCUGUGCAUACAACUUCCACUCCAGCAACAACAGGUGCCAUAUCCUCAACUGUGAAACCUGCUAAGACAUCCACACAUACCACAUCUGUGCAUACAACUACCACUCCAGCACCAACAGGUGCCAUAUCCUCAACUGUGAAACCUGUUAAGACAUCCACACAUACCACAUCUGUGACAUCUGUGCAUGCAACUACCACUCCAGCAACAACAGGUGCCAUAUCCUCAACUGUGAAGCCUGCCAAGACGUCCACACAUACUACAUCUGUGACAUCUGUGCAUAGAACAACCACUCCGGCAGUAACCAGUACCACAUACUCAUCAAUGACUCCUGCCAAGACAUCCAAGUUUGUGACAUCUAUUCAUUCAACUAGUGCUCUACUAACAACAACUACCAUGCCACCAACAGUGACACCUGUCAAGGCAUCAACAUCAAUUACAGUUACUAAAGGACCAACAACAACCUCUUGUGCAUACCCAAUGUUUCCUGUAACAGAGGCUAACGUUACAGUAGAAGGAUGCCCUCCAAAAAAGACAAAUGAAAAGUGGAACCUUGACAACUGCACAGUGGCCACAUGCCGUGGGAACAAUAUUGUUACUCUUGAACAAGUGUCAUGCCCUGUUGUGAAAAAAAUUAAUUGUGCUACUCGUUCUCAGCCUACACUGGUGUACAACCAUAAUGGUUGCUGCUAUGAAUAUGAAUGUGAGGGUGUCUGUGUUGCAAUGGAGAACAACCAGUACAUGACCUUUGAUGGGACCACAUAUGAAUUUUUCAACAACUGUACCAAUAUUCUAGUGCAAGAGAUCAAUGACAAAUAUCACUUUAUGAUCCUUGUAAGCAAUGACUACUGCAGUGACCUCAGUGAUGCAAAAUGUCCACAAACAUUCAUUAUUUUUUUUGAAACCAGUACAGUGACAUUGAUGCGCUUCAUGCAAAAUGGCGAAAUGAACAAACAGAUUAUGUUCAACCAAAAUAUUGUAUCACCUGGAUUUACUAAGGAUGGUUUCACCAUAUCCAGUACUGGGGUUGACAUUAUUGUGGGCAUUGAAGCUAUAAAAGCUCGCAUUAUCUUUAGUGACACUCUGUUUAUGUUAACAUUACCUAUGAGCAUGUUUUAUAACAACACUGAAGGUCUUUGUGGCACCUUUACGAACAACAGAUCAGAUGACUGCCUUUUUCAAAAUGGAACAUAUGCUUCAGACUGUUCCCAAGUAGCUUCAUCCUGGAACGUUAAUAAUGUUACAGAUACACUCUGUAGCCUGAAUCCAGCCCUCUUACCUACAGAAGAAACUCCUACAAUAUCCACAUGUAUUGCAACUAAUUUAUGUGACAUCAUAAUAAGCACGGUAUUUGAUCCUUGUCAUGAAAACGUUCCACCCGACACCUACUUCCAGAUGUGUAUGAAUACAGCCUGUCAAACUAAUAAUGAGAAUAACCUCUGCUCCAUCUUAGAAUUAUAUGCCAAUCAGUGCCAGCUGCAGGGAAAGUGUGUAGACUGGCGACAUAGUACUGACAACAAGUGUGCAUGUAUUGGCCCCGAUGGAAUGCCCAAAAUGCCUGGAUCAUCCUGGACGACUGGCUGCCAUGACUGUGUUUGUGAAAUGAACUCAGUAACUGUGGAGUGCAAGCCAGUCCUGUGCACCCCACCAGUCAUUCCCUCUUGCACACGUCCUGGCUAUACUUUAGUUGAAGUCAAAGAUCCACAACAACCAUGCUGUCCAAAGUCUGAAUGCCAAUGCAAUAGAAGCUUAUGCCAAAAUACAACAACAGCAUGUCCUCUUGGGUUCCAGUUAACAGUCCCUGAUGCAAAAGGAGAAUGCUGUGUCAUUAAUGAAUGCAAACCUAUGAAUGUUUGCGUUGAAAAUGGAACAAUAUAUCUACCAAACCAAGUUAUACCGUCCCUUUUGCCUGAUGUCUGCGCAGAGUGUACCUGCACUUCCGACACAGAUCCAGUCAGCAUGAUAAACGCAGUGGCUUGUCUUUCAAAGGAAUGUGUUAUGAUGUGCCAAGAGGGUUUCAACUAUACAGUACAGGAAGGACAGUGCUGUGGUACCUGUGUGCAGGUGGCGUGCAUCAUGACUGUAGAAAAUGAAACAAUACUUAUUCAGCCUGGAGAAACAUGGCACAUGCCUGGCAAUAACUGCUCCUCCUAUUCAUGCCAAACAACUGAAGGCCAUAUUGUUCUUACGAAUGUGCACACACCGUGCACCGUGUUAAGUCAAAGUGAUUGUGGGACGGGUUAUCGAUACACAAUUGAAGCUGGCGAUUGCUGUGGAAAGUGUGAAAUGUUGACCUGUAUAGUUACCCUGGACAACAACUCUACCCAUGUCUUGCAGCCUGGUGAUGUCUGGUCUCCAGCAGAUAAUCCUUGUGUGACACAUGAAUGCACUCACAAUUUUAACACUGUUUCUCUGGAUUCCAAAGUAAAACUGUGUGUGAUUAACUGUGGACAGGGAUAUAAAUAUAAAGAAAUUACAGGCGAAUGUUGUGGAGAGUGUAUUAAAGUGGCAUGUUCCCUAGACAUGGAUAACAUGACAAAAAUAUUGCAGCCUGGGGAUACCUUCAUUCCUCCAAACAACGCCUGUAUAAAAUAUGUUUGUAGCCAAGCAUAUGAACUGGUGGCUGAGAAGACUUCCUGUCCAGAGUUUAAUGCUGCAGAUUGCAAAGAAGGCACAAUCAACAUGACUGCCGAUGGCUGCUGUAUGACUUGUGAGAUGGAGGCUGUUCAGAAAAAUUGCUCAUUGUACAGCAUGUCAACAGAAAUACAAUCUGGAGGCUGUAUAUCAGCAGUCCCGGUGGAUCUAACAUACUGUGCAGGGACUUGCAGUUCAUCAUUCAUGUACUCCCUGGUUACGAACAUGAUGGAGACUACAUGCACGUGUUGUAUAGCAUUAAGGUCUGCUAUAAAGGAAAUAAAUCUCAUGUGCCCUGAUGGGAGCAGUAUAUCUUCCUCCUACACAUAUGUGGAAGAGUGUGGCUGUAGUGUUCCUUCUUGUCAAGAUAUUAUAAACAAUGGCGAGAAUAGUCAGGCACCUCCCCCCCCACCUUAAGAAGUCAGCAAACUACCCACCUAGAAGUGUCUAUUGAAGCUCCUGUCCAUAUUUUCUGUUUUUACUCAAGCCAUUAUUGCUUGCUUUUGAAUGGUUAAAAUCGAAAAAUUCAGUAGCGCUUAAGCUUACUUAGUUUAUAGUGCCAUAUAUAAAUAAAUAUGUUAAGAUACAUGUACCUUAAAGAAAUGACAUUUUGUUUAACACUAAAAGAGGCCUAAACUAAACAAAGAAAAACGUGCUGGUUUGCAAUACUGUAAAAAUCAAUGUUGGGUCAACCUAUUGGCUUAUCAAAUGGAAAAAGGAUGAAGUACAGAGUUGUAAUUCCUAUUAAAAAUAAAGAAGAAUAAACAAACAAAA